UAGCAGAGUUUAUCAGGUUAAUAAACCUGGUGUAAGCCACAAGCAUCGCAACUGAAAACGCGCGCAUACCUAGUGGCGACCCCUGACCCCUCGCUCUACUGACGUGCUAACGUGUAUAGCAGAGGGUGAUCUUCGCUUGAGCACGGCGCUGUACUGCCUGGCGCUUCGACCGAGGACGGGUUAAAUAAUUUCAUGUAGAAGAACAGCUAUAAUACAGGCUACAAGAGGCCGUCAUGAUGCCAGCACGACUCCCCGCUGUUCCUGGUUGGAUCGUACUGGCAGUGAUUCUGUUGGGAUGCGUGCAAAAAUGUCACGGCGUUCCGAAGGUUGAGGACCGAGAAACCUGUGCAUCUGGAUAUUCUGGGCCAGUCCCAGCUACCCGCGUUAACACGUCACAGAGGCUACAGAGACUGAGACAGCAUCUCCGAAAUAACAGUAUCGACGCUUACAUCAUAUCAUCUGAAGAUGCUCAUGCGAGCGAAUAUGUGUCCGAUUAUGACGCCAGGCGUGAAUAUAUAUCCGGUUUCUCGGGGUCAGCAGGCACUGCAGUGGUCACGGCCGAUAAGGCAGCUUUAUGGACAGACGGCAGAUAUUUUCUGCAGGCAGACGAACAGCUGGAUUGUAACUGGAUACUAAUGAAAGCUGGUCAGCCUAAUGUUCCGACAACGUACGAGUGGCUGGAGAAAGAACUAUCCAAUGGCCAGGCCAUCGGAGCAAGUUCUUACAACAAUCCCAUUGGAAAAUUGAUUUCAAAGGGACAAUGGCUGCCGGAAAUACAGGAGUUACUGGACGCGGGCAUACAGUUCAGACCGAUUGACAACGACCUAGUCGAUGCCAUAUGGACAACAGGUCGACCAGCGAUACCAGCCGGACCCGUGGAGAUCCAUCCAAUCUCUUUUGCAGGGAAAAACUGGUCGGAGAAAGUGGGCUUUGUUCGAAAUCACUUGAGCGCGGCCAACGUAACUGCACUGGUGGUUACGGGUCUGGACGAAACUGCAUGGUUGUUUAAUCUAAGAGGUGCAGAUAUUCCCUACAAUCCGUUCUUCAUAUCGUAUGCCAUAGUCGAGAUGGACAGAGUCAGGUUGUAUUUGAGGGACCACUCGACCAAGCUAAGCAGUCAGGACUUGCAGACUCAUCUGAAUACUAACGCUGAUGGCUCGUGUACAGGCAAACAGGGCAACUGCGUUGAGGUUAAAAAUUAUAAUUCGAUGAAAGCGGAUGUUGCAGCCUUGGCGAUGCAGUCUUCUACCAGGAAGAUAUGGAUUAGUCACAGUUGUAACUACGCCAUUUAUAACAGCAUUGAUCGGACAAAAGCCUACCAGAAAUCUUCACCUAUUGCUCUUAUGAAAGCAGUUAAGAAUAGCGUUGAACGACAAGGCAUGAAGAAUUCGCACAUCCGGGAUGCCGUGGCCUUGAUUUCGUUCAUGCAGAGAUUGGAAAAAGAGGUUAAAGAGGGUAAACCGUGGACUGAAGUAUCUGCCGCUAUGGAGUUGAAGAAGUACAGAGAGAAGCAGGAUUACAUGAAGGGCCUGAGCUUCCCCAGUAUAUCUGGGUUUGGGUCUAACGGAGCCAUCAUCCAUUACAAGCCCAGUAACGUCACCGAUCGAACAAUUACUACAGAGGGCAUGUACUUGUUGGACUCUGGUGGACAGUAUUUGGAUGGAACUACAGAUGUCACUCGUACCUUUCAUUUUGGAACUCCUACUGAUUUUGAAAAGGAGGCCUACACCCUGGUUCUAAUGGGCGCAAUAGACUUGGCUUUGUUGAAAUGGCCAGCCGGGUUAUACGGUCGUGAUCUCGAUGCGGUGACCCGGGCCCCUCUCUGGAAGGCAGGACUAAUAUACAACCACGGGACGGGACACGGCAUUGGCGCGUAUCUCAGCGUCCACGAAGGACCUGGCCGAAUCUCUCUCGGUUACCGCGAGACAACCUAUGAAUCGAAGCUGUAUGAUGGCAUGUUUUUCUCAGACGAACCGGGGUAUUACGAAGAUGGCAAAUUUGGCGUCAGACUGGAGACCAUUGUGGAAAUUGUCUACGUCAGUACCAAGUAUCAGUACAAGAAUACAAAAUUCCUCGGUUUCAACCCAAUCACUCUGGUGCCUUUUGAGCCUCAUCUCAUCAACGUACAGAUGAUGAGUGCUGAACAGAUCUCAUGGCUCAAUGCGUAUCACAAGAAAGUGAUGGAUAUUGUUGGAAAGAGGCUGAAGGACGAAGGUCUAACCGAUGCCUAUAAAUGGGUGGAAGCACGAGUUAAACCUUAUGAAAUGCCGACCUUCCCAUCAUCACCCGCGACAACAGUUACGUGUUCUGUCUUUGUUGUCAUGGUUACAUCUGUACUGACACUAUUCCAAUGUUCUAUGUAGAUAGUACUUUUGUAUCAUUAGGUAGUGUUUCGGUUUCAUCACUUGCUGCGAUUAUAACAUUUAUAUUUUUCGUCUCAUAUCAGUUUUUUUUUUGAUUAUAGUUUUUCAGUUUUAAAAUACCGGUAUUAACCAUAUAUCAACAUGUAUAUAUUUCACUUUUUUCGUUAUUUGGAAGUCAAAAGCUCAAAGGUCUGUUUUCGAAAUACGUAAUCGGCCUUACGCAAGUUAAAAUCUAGAUGCGAAAUCAAAAUGGCCUCUACUUAGUAUGCAAAUGUACCGUAAUAUAUUUCUAGCUUUCUCUGUUGAGUUGCGAAAUCAGUGCUGAAACUAAUCAACCUGCUCUCAGUCAACAUUUAUAUAUGCCAUAAAGCGUAGCUUUUUUGAUGGCAAACCCAAUGUGGAAAAACAAAUUUUCUACACUCUCAAUGCGCAGAUGUGAAAAUAACAACAUUUUCUAAGUGUUAACAUGAUACAAAAUGUUAAAUGCUGUGAAAUACGAUUUGCUGACACCAUAUAAUGUCAUGACGCGUAAUGAUUGAUUUAAGAUUUUUAAAAACAUUUAUAAUGAAAAAUCGCGUCAUGAGGAUGCGGAACAAGGCAACUAAACGUGUUCAUUUAACAUUCAGAUAGUUUUAGAUUACAACAUAAGUUUUACCGACACUUUGGAAAAAAGCGGUAAUGUGACAUAUGUAUGUUUUCUCUCCCCCACCACUGCGUAAAUGUUGCAUUUUACAUUAUUAAAGCUAUAUUUAACAUUUAAGUUUUAACAUUACCGAAGACAUUGUCUACAUGUGUUUCACUACAAAAGAGAUGGGCUCCUAAUUUACAUCGCACUCCUACUAGGCAUGUUGUUUUGACAAGCUCAGUUAAAAUUAUUCUGUUGCAUUAUCCGUUUUAAAGAGUGUAGCAAUUUCCCUGAUGAUCAGAAAAAUCUGCACGGCUUUUAAUAAGCAAUUAGUAACCCGGUUACAUAUCCAUUGUUUACUCAUGAAUAUGCUAAAUGUAUAUGCUUGACACAUUUUAAAUAUAACUGGUUAUACAAAACUUGUUUUAGAUGACAGGUAGAUACUUACAUAACCCAUUUCGAUGUCUUUGUGAGUAGUUAAAUAUUUUUUUGGAUUUUUUUUAUAUUUGUCUAUUUUAUCUUUAUGGUAUAUUCUUUUAUAUCUCGCCAUUGUGGCUGUUGGGGUUCCAGGUCUCUCAUGAGGUGUAUCAAAUCCAACUGUAAACGUGUCUGUGAUUCAGAUGAUGACAAUAACAAUAACGUUUUUAAAAGCUCAGUGAUAGCAUGUGACGGUUACACGUAAGCAAGUCAUAAAUAUCCCAUCUUCAUUUAAUCAAGCUAGCGAUGCCCGUCCUCAUAAACCAUGAUCUACUGAGCCAUGAACUCUUCAAAGCCCUGAACGUUUCUUCAUAAAUAUGCAUGGUUCGGGCAUAAACACGCAAGUUAGAUUCCACCUGAGUUACUGACACUGACAAGAGCUCACAACAACAAGGGAUGUGGGUGAAAUGAGAAGUAUGCAGUUUAUGGAAUGAAUUUAUUUCAUACUAGACGUUGAACAACUCCCUGCAUAUCGGAGGGGUAAGAGUUAUCGGGGGAACGGUCAUUUUGAACCAAAAAUAUUUGUUUCAAUAAAAGCACAUCGGUUACCGUUCAUAGCACUGCCUAUUCCUAUUGUAUAAGGUUGUGUCAAUGAAUAAAUAGCAAUUAGUACCUCGGUAAAGGAAAUGCAGACUUAUAAGGGACGAUCACUGAUUGGCUGAAAAUGUUCUGGUAGAAUUGCGCGGGCUACAAUGUCAUUGGCUGUCGAAAGAGGUUUCUGAAGACUUUCAUAUGUACAGUAAAGCAAAGGUGAUUACGAAACAUAUAUAUAGCGAGUAUCAAACAUGCUGACAGGAAGAUUUGUUACACAGAAGCAACCGGUUAUUUCAGUAGCAACCAUGUGUGGCACUAUUUGGUACACGGUUUCACAAAGCGCAAUCAAAUACGAUGGCAACCUGCACUGUAAUCUGUACGUCAGUAGGGCUAGGUCAUGAGAUGUGGCAAGGAAUUUGUAUCUCUUAGAUAGGCUUAGUCAUCGAGCUGUCAUAUAUGUAUUUCAUUAUUUUCAAUGUUGUUGUUGUAGUUUUAUCAUACAUUUAUUUUCAUGUUUGUGUCUCUGCGACUGACUUCUGGCUGAAAGGUGCUUGUGAUGUCACGUUAAUAGCCUUCAAGGCAACGGACUGUUGAUAGUUCUCUUCCUAAAAUAAAGUAUUUUACUCAG